CUCUGCCUGCUCGAGUCACUCAGUCGGUCGGCGAGCGCUACUCGUGCUGAUCCGCGCAUCGGCGGACAGAGUACACAUAUACGUAUCAACACGCGAAGCGCCCCGUUACCAUUGUUACUUUCUUAAUCCUCCUUUGCUCGAUAUACACUUGUACCAAUGUACCUCUCGCGCUCCCAUAACUCCAUGCAGAGAGUCACGGGCACAACCACCAGCUGCAACUAAAACACCCAUCACGUACGGACAGAGGAAGGAAGACACUUGCUCCUCGCAAAAGGGGGAGGCGCGCUCGCGAGAGAGACAGACUCAGCCCUUUUUUCUUCCACUUGACGUAACAUCUACACGUACACAAGUGCUACGAAGGGGAAGGACAACCACCACCACCCAACCAACCAACCACCUUAGCUGCAGGCGGGGGUAUAUAUAUAUAUAUAUACGAUGUAUAAAUACCACGCGCAACCAAGCCGUGUAGUAUCGGAGGAGUAGUAGGCGUUCGGCGUUUUUUCCGGAGCAACGCCACCUUUGGGGCAAAUCUGAGCCACCGAGGGGGUAGUUUUGGCUGGUAUAGUGUCCACAGGGUGCCAAGCUGUCGGCUUUGGUGGUUACAACGUUAGAUAGUAGUAGUGGUGGUGGUGGUGUCGCCGCCGUAGCUGGGGCAUCGUCCUUUUUGGGUACGAGCGGCUUCUGGGAGCUGCGCCAGCGCAUUGCCGCGAGGAUGCCGCUCUUCGGGCGCCGCGACGCGGCCAAGAAGCCAAAAAAGGACGACAAGUCAUCCUCCAUCGAGGACAAGUACACCCUCAAGGAGCAGCUGGGCACCGGUGCCUUCUCCGAAGUCAGAUUGGCCGAGAGCAAGGAUCGGCCGGGCGAGCUGUACGCCGUCAAGAUAAUCGACAAAAAGGCGCUCAAGGGCAAGGAGGACUCGCUCGAAAAUGAAAUCAAAGUCCUGCGGAGGUUCAGUCGGUGCGUGACGUCGUACAGUGGGGACGGGUCGCUCAAGAUAGACGAUAAUAAUGAGCAAAAGCUAACGCAUCCGAAUAUCGUCCAGCUGCUGGAGACCUUCGAGGACAAGCACAAGGUCUACCUCGUCAUGGAGCUGGUGACGGGUGGCGAGCUGUUCGACCGGAUAGUCGAGAAGGGCUCGUACACCGAGCGUGACGCCUCGAGCUUGAUCAGGCAGGUCCUCGAGGCCGUGGACUACAUGCACGAGCAGGGCGUCGUCCACCGGGACCUCAAACCCGAGAACCUCCUCUACUACAGCCCCGACGAGGACAGCAAAAUCAUGAUCAGUGACUUUGGCCUCUCGAAGAUGGAGGACUCUGGCAUCAUGGCCACGGCGUGCGGCACUCCUGGAUACGUCGCUCCGGAGGUAUUGGCUCAAAAACCGUACGGCAAAGCGGUGGACGUCUGGAGCAUAGGCGUCAUAUCUUACAUCCUACUCUGCGGCUACCCGCCCUUCUACGACGAGAACGACGCCAACCUCUUUGCUCAGAUACUCAAAGGUGAAUUCGAGUUUGACUCGCCGUACUGGGACGACAUCAGCGACUCGGCCAAGGAUUUCAUCAGCAAACUCAUGUGCGUCGACGUCGAGAAGCGCUACACGUGUAAGCAGGCGCUUGGACACCCAUGGAUCUCCGGGAACGCGGCGAGCAACAUAAACAUCCACGGUACGGUAUCGGAACAACUAAAAAAGAACUUCGCCAAAUCGCGGUGGAAGCAAGCGUACCACGCGACGACCGUCAUCAGGCAGAUGCAGAGGCUCGCGCUGAACAGCAGCGCCAGUGGUCCCCAGCAGCAGGCCUCAGGUCAUCAGGUAGGCGGGACCGGCCUCUCAGGCGGAGCGAGCCCGAACCACCGGAACUACUGAAGCAACUGGCAACCACCACCACCACCACCACCACCACCAACAUCGUCAGCACCGAGUCCGUCCGCGUCGGCAGCCUGCGCCAUCGCCAGCGCGUAGUCGUC